AUGGCCUUCCGCAUCCUCGCCGCGGCCGCUCUCCUGGCCUCCAGCGCCGUCGCCAAGACUGACAUCGGCGGCUGCACCUCCUUCGACACCGUCUACAGUCCCUCCCACGGCUCGCCCUACGCGACGCGCAUCUGGUACGUCCCCGACACGGGCGAGCUCUGCGAGAUCCUCGACUGCGGCGGCGGCCGCGCGCCCCCCAAGACGACCGUCCCCGGUUGCGCGGCCUACAAGGGCACCGAGACCUACUCGCCCAAGUUCAUCAACCCGGCCACGCUCGGCAAGGCGCCCCAGGCGGCCUCCACGACGCUCGUCGUGUCCGCCUCGACUACCUCGGCCUCUUCCUCGGAGGGUACCACCACGGCGGCUUCCAGCAGCGCCGAGGGGUCGUCGAGCAGUGGCAGCUCCCGCCAGACGACGUCUGCGGCUGUUCUCCCCACGCUCACCUCUGCUUCUGGCUCUGCCUCCGUCACCACCCCGGCCUCCUCUGACUCUGAGUCGUCCAGCGACGAGAGCGCGUCUGGCUCCUCGACUGGCUCCUCGACUGGCUCCUCGGCCACUGGCUCUUCCUCUGCUGCCGCUUCUUCGUCGGUCCCCGCCGCCGCUGCCGCUCCCACUGCUGCCAUCAUGGGCUCGUGCCUGCUUGCUGGUGCCGCCGCCUGCCUUGCCAUGCUGUAG